UCGACCCUGGAGAACACGCUAUCAUUUUCUGCCCUGAGUUCGGAUUUACAGUGAGCUUCAACCAUUAACCUCUAUAAUAUAUACGCACCUUACACCCUUAGACCACCAUUCUAUUGCGUUUCGACUUAGUGUAAUUAUAUAAACUGUUAUCUUAGGUUUUGGUUUGGUUGUGCCAAUGUUAAAGGAGGCGUAAGGGAUGUGUACGUAGACAGCCUGAAAGACCGUAAUCGGGGUACAAAUGACCCAAUAUCAACAGAGCAAGGAGGAAAUAACGAACUGUUUCCAAGAUAUUAUCAAAUAGUUAGCUUAGCUGUCGUCUACGCGUUUAUUUUUAGUUAGAUAUUCUACAGAGGCGAAUUCAUUGACAAAUAGUAACAUCAUAACAACUGUCUUCAAUUUGCUUGGACCGGGUGGCACAUUAGCUACUUGGCUUGGUAGCUAUAAAGUUAGUUAGGUUAGCUAAAUUAACGCUACGUGUUGGUUGCUAACGAGGUAUUUAAUGUUAAGCUACGCAGCUAGCUAAAGGCAACAAACACGGUUAGCAUUGUCCAACUUUUUGAGGUGGGUCAAAAUGCUUGUUGACCAAUUUUGACGGGGAAUUUCCUUGUUAAUCCAGGCCAUCGUUGUCAGCUAACGUUAGCUACCUGCUGGGAAACACUGGUCUUCGGUAAAGCCAUGGCAGAUGAAAAUACACAGUUCUGUGGCAAUUGCAAACAUGACAUUCCAGAGGCUAAUUUCACUACCCAUGAGAUCCACUGCCGAAGAAACAUCGCACUGUGUGAUGUAUGCCAGGAGCCAGUGCCCCGGUCAGAUCUGCAGGAGCACAAACAGCAGGAGCAUACUCAGAUUACAUGCAAGUGUGGUUUGAAGAUUGAGAAGAAACGUAUCGAGGUUCACCAGAACUUUGAAUGCUCUCACCGGCUGGUCCCGUGCCAAUUCUGUGAACUGGAGAUUGUUUUCAGUCAAUCCAAAGAACAUGAGGAUUAUUGCGGUACACGCACUGAGCCCUGCGUACACUGUAAGUGUAACGUAAUGUUGAGGGAACAAGCCGUGCACCCGGUCUUAUGUGGAAGCCUUACACCUCCCCAAGAGAGGAACAACAGCCGGACAAGUCGCAGUCCAGUUGAAACGCAGCCUCCAGGGGCCUGGUUUGAAGCCCACUCUAUCCGAAACCUCCUAAGAGCCCAAGAGAGAGGCCCAAAGAAUAAUAACAUCAGUGCAGCAGAUCAACAGGCCUUUCCCCGGCCAUUUGAUCCAAGUGUAUACGGCACUUCAAGGGGACCUCAAGGCCCAGGUGACUGGAAGAAUACUGCCCCGAGAAAUACAUUUAGCCACUUGCUGGGGCAGAGUGAUUUUUUGAAUAGCACCAGCAGCAGCAGCAGCAGCGGCAGCAGUGCGUGGCCACAAAGUGACCUCACACUGGAUGCAGAUUCAUCAGGCCUGGACUACAUGUUGGCUCUCAGCCUGCAGAGUGAUGUAGAAUCGAUGGCUGGGGGAGUAGAGGGAAACCUGUGGAGUGGAAUCUGGGACCACAAGAUUGGGAAGACAUCUAACACCUCUGUUAACUCUCUACUUUCUCCACCCAACAACAAUUACCCAAACUUCACUACAGGCACAAGUGCAGUCCAGGAACAGGAUCCAGCAGAUACCAUGCUGCCUUGUGAGUUUUGUGAAGAGCUGUUUCCUGAGGAGGACCUCAUUUUACAUCAGACUGGAUGCAGCCCCGCCUCCGCCUUUGCGUCUUACAGCAAGCAGCCCUUGUCACCACCUAAAGAAGACAGGAUGUGCAGUAAUGCUUCAGGGCUGAUGCACAACCUUCCCGACACACUCGCUUCAAACAUCCCCACCUUCCCUCGCUCUGUCUCGCCGGCCUCCUACAGUCCUCCAGCCAGUCCACUAGAGGGCGAUGUGGUCAUUCCAUGUGAAUUCUGUGGCGUUGCUCUGGAGGAGGCUGUCGUCUUUCACCAUCAGGACAAAUGUGAUAUGCGUCCUCAGACUGCCCAUCCACUGAAUAAUCUAACAAAAGCAUCUAUCAAAAAACCACUGAGCCCUGCUAAAGACGCCUUUGGUCAGAUGUCUCCAGAUUUUCAAAUGAGAAUGAACCCCCAAGCUGACUUCUCGGACGGGGACUUUGGAUUCAACAGAGACUCACAACCAGAGUUAAACACAAGAGAAUGGCCGAGAGGCUACAUUGGACUACCGAGUCAAAGGAAGACAUCCAACUGUGAUGCUUCUGUAAAAAACCGAGCUCAGCAGGGCAGGGAAGCAGAAGGGGCGCAUUCAUCUUUCAGUGACACUGAGAAGUCUGCUUCUGCAUCUCUAAAGGGAGAACAUCUACCAGAAAAUAAGGAAGGGAGAGGGAACAGAAGAAAUUCAUUGACAAAGUUGCCCAAGAAGCAGAAUGAAGAGGCGCAGGAAGAGUGAGCGCAGGAACAUGUGGAGAAAUACAAAAACCAAAUCUCCUACUCUGCUUUUUCUUUAUCUUCUCGCACACUUUUGAAAAUGAAUCAUAUACCUAUCAGAUAAGUGCCUGUGUGAGUAUUAGUAAUCUUGCAGUUUAUGUUUUGAUGAGUUUUACUAUUAAAGCCUAAGUAAGUAUUUGGUUAUUAAUGCAUAUUCUGCUUUAUUUCAAGAUUUUUUUCAAAUGUUUGUAUGUCUAACAUUUAGCCUUGAAAUCUAAAUUAUAAAAUCAAUUUUAUUUGCGCUCAAUUUAAUUGGAUUUUUAAUUUUUAAUUAUUAUAAUUUUUUACUGUACAAGUCGUGUCAGUGCUCAUUAGGAACAUUGAGAACAUCAAACACACACAUGACUGUCGGUUUGCAUUUGUCUAACUUAAUCUUUACCCUGUUAGUUCUGCCAUGGACAUCUUUCACCCGUGUCUGCCGGUUCUUUCAGGGUCUUUCACAGUGUUCCUGUUGGUUUCUGCAUCUUUAUGUAACCUAAAGCACUUUGAUAGAUUAUUUUGUUAAAAAAGGGCUUGCGGAACAGAUUUGAUAAAUUUAUGAAUCUUUUGACCACGGAAAAACAACAAGUGUGUAAUUGAACAUGUCUUUUUAUACUGUUGAACAUUUGUCUUAAAUACUCUUCAGUAAUAUUUAGAUUUUUUUUAAUCAUAACUAUAGAACUAUAUAUGUGGUGUUAUGAUGAGAUGGCUUUUGAAGCAGUGUCUCCUGUCCAAACUUCUUUUUAAGUAGUAUGAAAUAUGUUGUGUACUGCUCCUCCAAAUAGGAUUUAAGAUUGAUAAGAUGUAUUGUGUGUGUAACAUAGGGUCCACUUUAGCAUUACAUAUAAGAUAGGCAACCUUGUGCCACAGACGGUUGAGCCCUUUUACCUAAAGACAACACCAGAGCAUUUUCCUGAUUAACAUCUGAUCGUCCACCUCAACUAGUGAGGAGCAAAUAUUCAGUGAAAUCUCCUGCUGUGGUGUUUCUUUGGACUGUAGGCACUCACGGCACACGGCUGACUAUUCAUGUUUUAGAACAACUGUCUUGAUGCUUUUUGUCUUGUGUGGCUAUUAAAUGUUUAAUGAGGACA